UUGAUUUUUUGUCUCACAAAAUGGUCAAAGAAGCAACUAUCGUUUGCAUCGACAACAGCGAGUGGAUGCGCAACGGCGACUACAUCCCGACACGGCGUGAAGCACAGCACGACGCCGUUGUCCUCGUCUGCGAACUCAAGAUGGAGCAAGACGCAGAGAGCUCGGUCGGCAUCCUCGCCGCCGCUGGAAAACCAGAGAUGGUCGUCAAUCUGACAUCCAACAUGGGCCACAUCAUCACAAACAUGCACACAGUCAAGCUGCGAGACCAGAUCUCGCUCAGCAGCGCCAUCAACGUCGCCACGCUCGCAUUGAAGCACCGAGGCAACAAGGAUCAGCGCCAACGUAUCAUGGCCUUUGUCGGAAGCCCUGUCACCGAGCUGGAGGCUGAUCUCGUCAAGCUUGGCAAGAAGCUCAAGAAGAACAACAUUGCCCUCGACAUUAUCAACUUUGGCGAGGAGGCUGAAAACACGCUCAAGCUGGAGGCCCUGAUUGCCGCCGUCAACAAGGACGCCAACUCGCAUCUCAUCACGGUGCCACCAGGCCCGCAUGUGCUGUCAAACAUUGUCAUGUCGUCCCCGUUGUUCAUGAGCGAAGACGGCAACCCCAUGCGCGGCAUUCCUGGCGGCGACGGUGCCGGCAGCGGCGGCGGCUUUGAGUUUGGCGUCGAUCCCAGCCUGGACCCCGAGCUCGCUCUUGCCCUUCGUGUUUCCAUGGAAGAAGAGCGGCAGCGACAGGAAGCGGAAAGUCGACGUGCCGGCGGCGCACCUGCUGGCGACGCCCAACCCGCUGCAGCAGCGCCGGUGCCCAUGUCGCAGGACGAUGAUGAGGCGGCUCUCCUCGCCCAGGCACUGUCCAUGUCCGUCGGCGGCAACCCAACUGAGGCGCCGAUGAGCAUGGACACCAUGUCAGAAGACGAGCAGCUUGCCCUUGCUGUGCAAAUGUCCAUGGCUGCAGGCGCUGAAUCGGCGGCGUCAGCAUCACAACCAGCAGCAGCGGCCAGCACCAGCAUUGCACCCAACCCCGCAACAUCCAUGAUGGACCCGAGCUUUUUGAACUCUGUGCUCGGCUCACUCCCCGGUGUCGAUCCUUCGGAUCCCCGCAUCCAAAGCGUUUUGGGAGCCAUUGCCACUGGCGUCCCGCCAGCCAAGCCAAAAGACCCCAAGGCUGAAGAAGACGAUAGCGACAAGCCCCAAUAAGGCGCUUGCUUGAGAUUUUUCAUCUGUUGCAAGGAGUGUGUUUUUGUGCUUUGUUGUUUUUAAAACUGACGUCGGUGUGUGGUUGUUUGAGCCACCCCUUUCGUCAAGCUAUGUCGGAUUUCGUAAUAGACUGACACGUUCUAAUCUUCUAAA